AUGGACAACAACCUUUUUACGGCAACGGUGGAAAGGUGGAGGAAAGAAACAUACACAUUCCACCAUCUGGAGGGAGAGAUGACGAUUACGUUGAAGGAUGUGGACAUGCUGACAGAGCUUCCAAUCAAUGGUGAUGCCAUAAUAGAGUGUUCACAGAAACCAUUGAAUGGUUGGGGCCAAUUCAUAAGCGAGCAUUUAGGUAUCAACAUCCCCAAGGAAGCACCACAAGGUUGUCAUGUACCACCUCUACACAAGUCUAUGCUAUCGAUCCAUUGGCUAGUGAGGAACGCUGGUUCGUUGCACGAGGAUGCCACGGAUGCUCAGAAUAGAGAGGUAUGCUCGCAUAUACUGGAUUUGUUUGGUUGGAGAAUUUUUGUUUCCGAAAAAAUCUGGGGGAAAUAUGCAUUGUAUGUGGCUCCGAGUACUUUUAGGAGAUUGGGACGAGAUUGGGAGAAAAAUUUGGGGAUCUGCUUAUUUUGCAAUGAUAUAUGCGGAGCUCUGCAAGUGUACGGACCCGACGGGUGGUGCCAUGUUCAUCCUCCAACUAUGGGUUUGGGAGCACCUUCCAACGUUUGCUCCAAUGUGCCCUGCCGAGAGUUGGGGUCCUGA